AUGUCAUGUCCACACGUAUCCGCUUUUCAGGGGGCUGUUGGGACCAGUAUAGCAGGUAGCAGCAUCGUCAUAAACAACAGUGUCGAACAGAAUGAUACCGGUCGUGCAAUGGAUAUCUGGUUGAAUCACUGCUGCCUCGAAGCGCAGCUCGACUCCGACGAGCGUUUCAACCCGCCUCGUUGUGACGAAGGCACACGUGUUUCGACAAUCAACUCUAUCACGCAAUGGAUCAGCGUCGAAAGUGUGGCGGCGAGUGUCUUGGUCUACCAUGGCCCUGCUGGGUGCGGGAAGUCCGCUUUGGAGCAAUCGAUUGCGGAGCAGUGCCAGCGUGAGGGCAGGCUGGGUGGUGCGUUCUUUUUCUCGCGUACAUCACCCAACGCUCGCCGUGCCGAUGGGAACAUGGUGAUACCAACGUUGGUGUACCAGCUCGCGCAGAUCUUUCCGUGGCUCAAGGAGAAGGUGUUGAAGGAGAUUAAGAAGGAUCCCGGGGUAUUUAUGCUCUCUCGAACAAGCCUUGCGGAUCGUCUGCUCGCAAAACCCUUCACAGAUGCCACCCUUCUCUCCCAACAGGCUGUCAAGCGCACGCCCCUGCUGAUCGCUCUCGAUGGCCUUGACGAAUGUAAUAACACAGAUGUGCAAUGUGAUUUACUCCGCAUCAUUGCACAGCUCGUUGCACGCCUUCGCUACCCAUUCCGAUUUCUCGUCGCGACGCGGCCCGAGUCCCAUAUUAUGUCCAUCCUGAAGCACGAGGCAUUCUCGGGGACACCUAACGCUCAUAUCCGGGACAUCACACACACCUUCGAGAUUCACGAUGACAUAGGCACAUUCCUCGAUAACGGCUUCCGACGCAUCCGAACCACUCACCCCCUGCACCAGUUACUCCCUGCGGCGUGGCCAUCAAAGACGAUCAUUUGGACGCUCGUCGAGAAGGCGUCAGGGCAAUUUAUCUACGCUGACACUGUCCUCAAAUUCGUCGAGUCCCCAAAGCAUCAGCCAGAGGACCGCCUGAAAGUCGUCCUUGGUCUAUCCAUACCAAACGUGAAUGAACAACCAUUUUCCCAGCUCGAUGCCCUAUACACCCACCUGUUCUCCGCUGUGGCACAUAUAGAAAUUGUCUGGCAUGUUCUAGGUGUUAUUCACCUCGAACAGGAGGAAAUCAGUAUCGGAAAGUCGAGUCGGUUUAAUCAAUACCACGGUGACGCCUCGAACAAGUGGAGAACACUGGCAAGUCUUCAGCAAAUCCUGCCUGGCACCAUCCGCCCGGGUGAUAUACUAUUAGCUUUUGAUCCUCUCGCAUCCAUCGUGACAUUCUCUCCAGACGAGGAAUGUCGAAUAAGGGUUCAGCAUGCUUCGCUUUUCGAUUUCCUCUUGGAUGUCUCACGGUCUGGUCCUUAUUGUCUCGAUUUAUCUCUCGCGCACGGGUCGCUUACCGAAUGGUAUUGGAAGCAAAUUAGCCGAUCCUCAACAGCUGUCAACGGACUUAUGAAUGGCACUGGAACAGCCAUCUUCCGAUUUAUCCAUCAUUGCCAUUUCUCCGUACUUUCAGAGAUAAUCUUAGAGCUUAUUCAAAAGGUCUCGCUCUUCCUUUUGGGUUUCCUCGAUUGCUCAAAUGAGGAAUGGGAAGCGAAUCGCUGGAUAGGAUUGAGAUACAAUGAAAUUCUCUGUAAUUUGUCCCAGUUGCUUCGGAGAGAAGGAUUGUCAUUGGAAUCUGUCUCCACUGAUGUGGUCGAGGCGGUCGCCACCCGAUGGCGAGCAUUAGCCGUAGCAAACCCGAAAGACCCGAUUGCACAGGUAUUAAGCCAAAGGAUAAUGACGCCAAACAAGAGUGUUGUUAUUGCUGGCGAAACCCUUUCGCGCAAUGUAACGAAUGGACCGCAAAACUACGUGGAUGUUUUCAAAGAAUGGGCGACCUCUUUGAUCAGCCCUCUCAGCCCGUCAUUUGGUCGAAGUAGGAAGGCUACCCCAGACGUGGCCUCGCUGGGAGAGCUUGCAGACGAGCUCGCGGGCAGUCAUGAUGGGAGUGUCGAUGUGCAAUUCGCACUUGCCGCCGCACGCCUUUUUUUCUGGAGGGAGUGCAUGUCAACCGCGGGCGUACAUUGUACGUUACCCUCUAGUCCGACAUCCCCGAGCUCUGCCUACUUUUCGACUCGGGAAACCGUUAAGACCUGGGUCCUGCACGCCCUUACCGCACUCAGUAUCGACGAUGGCAGCGGAGACCUUUCAGCCUUCGACGCUGCUAUCCUUCUCUUCAUAACUUCCCUUCUCCCAUUCUGCAUUGUCCAACGUCAGCGUCCCGACGACCCGAACCUCGACGCCAUGAUCCUCGCGAAGAUAUGCAAGAAAUCGUACGGCAAUAACUCCGAUGUUCCAGAGGCAGUCAUCGCUGUAAAAUUUGCCAAUGCGCUCGGCUUCCCGAGGCUCUGCGAGCACUAUCAUGAAGAGGCGCUUGCGUAUAUUGAGCGUGUCAGGGCAGUCAACCCAAAGGUCCUUGUGCGGGAUUGUUGGCGAUAUUAG